AUGAAUGAUCUCUUAUUUUACUUAACUAUCCUCGCUCUCCUCUACUACUUCUUUUAUUACCAACCCUCCCACAAGAAGUUAAAUACUACUAACCCACCCUUAACUAAACCUUUAACCCAUUCCCAAUUUACUCAAACUGAACCCUUUCAAAUUGAUAACCCCGAAUUAGCCGAGUUAAAAAUCAAAAACCAAACCUUAGAAACUAAACUGGAGACUAACCAGCAAGUUUAUCAAAGUAAAAUUAACGAACAACAAACCCACAUUACUAACUUACAAGGCCAACUUAGAGAGUUAGUUACAAGACCCUUAAAACCGACUAACUCAAAAACUACUCAAACUGACUCAGCAACUGAUUUAACCAAGACCUUAGAUACUCUGAUUAAAGAUAUCCAAGCCCUAAAUAACGAACUAUAA